AUGGCUAUCGAGAGCGACUCGAGCACAGUACUGAGCGCGAAGACGAGUGAUUUGAGCCGAAGUGAGCGUGUCGCGGGACACCAACUUCUUCGAGGAGGUGAACGACAGGUCGACAUUCGCCCUCACCGCUCUCACCGCUCAAUCGCCCCAAAAAAGCUUCUGUGCGCUUACUGUACCGCUCUUGCACCUCCUGAACCAGCCUUCGCCCCGCCAACACCCCCACCCCAGCCACUCUUCAUCUUCGCCCCCUCUUCCCUCCACCUCCUCGACAACCCGCCCAGCAUGAGCCAAACAGUCCGCAUGAGCCCGGACGUGAACCGGAUCUUGUUCGUCAAGAACAUGAAUUACAAGACGACGGGAGAGCAUAUCUAUGACUUGUUCGGCAAGUACGGCUCAAUCCGACAAGUACGGCUCGGGACAGAAGGAAAAGCAAAGGGGACGGCUUACGUCGUCUACGAGGACGUGAUGGAUGCCAAGACCGCGUUUGACCACUUGAACGGAUUCCACCUGAUGGACCGCUACCUCGUUGUCCUGUACCAUCAGCCUGCGAAACAAGCCAAAGCCGACCUGGCGCGACGAGAAAAGGAGUUGGAGGAACUGAAGAAGAAGCAUAAUAUCCCUGAUAAAGAGUAG